GCAACGCAAAUGCGUAAAAAGUCGCCGUUGAGCCCUCUAAUCGCGAAGAACCUGGUGGCCAACCACCGCGGCAGUUAAUAUCCAGAUCCAGGCAGCAACGGGUCCAGCCAGGCAGGCAGCAUAGCAUCCCCGCAGCGCAGAACAAGUGCCAGCGCGAAUCGGGCCUGGGAACCAAAAGCUCCAAUUGGACCUAUCCGAUCGGAUUCCCUUCCCGAUUAGAGUUACGUGAACGGAGCGCGGGAGAAAGUAGACAAAAACAGAGAAACAUAAGCAGAAGAUUUCGUUGCCUGCCAGAUGAAAGCAGCAGUCGAUCGUCGGUCGACGCUAUGAACGCCAAGAAACGCCAACGUCUGGACCUGGGGCUGGAACUAGCUGCCUCGACGGCCCUGGCUACUGGAGCAGCAGGUGGAUCAGCAGCAACUGCCACAACGACCACGACAGCCGAGCUAUCCGAUGCUUUGUUAGCCAGUUCGUUUGGCAAUGGCCAGAGCCUGUUUCUCACCAGCGCCGGCAAUGGCAGCGGCGGUGCCCAGAUCCUUUUGACCAUCUGCGGUGACGAGAACUCGGAUGAGUCGCAGGAGUACUAUGCCAUCAAGCAGGAGCCCGAUAUGGAUUUGAAUUCACUGCUGCCGAACAACCUACAGCUGCCCACUGGCUGUGAGAUCUAUCUGGUGAAGGACACCACAAUCAGUUCGCCCAUCCAGCUGAGUGGACACAACCAUACCCAUUCCCAUACCCACACACAGACCCAGACCCAGACGCACACUCAAACCCAGAGCAUUCCGCCAAAGGCAACCAUCAAACUGGAGCCGGAUUCGAUGAGCGACCGCUGUGGUCUCACUGUAAAUAAGCUAUGCACAUCGUCCACGAAUAUUCUGUACGUGAGUAACGGCGGCAGUGGCGGGCAUUCACAUCCCUUCACAAAUGCUACGGCAACGCCAGAAACCACGACAUCAACAGGAACAGGAUCAGCAGCAGGAACACCAAAACCAAAUCAAUCUGUGGCGGCAACGAUAGCCAAAGUGGCGACAGCAGCAGCCGCCGCAUCUACAGCCGCCACAUCUACAAGCAAAAUGCGUGCUCUGAAGCUGGUCGAGGAGACGCAUGUGGGAGGAGCAGCAGCAGCAGCAGCCAGCACGGCCAGUGCGGUUGGUACUACGGUGUCUGCCACAGCCACUGCCACCUCUAAAUUGGAUGCGUACAAGAAGCGGGACGAUAAGCGCCGUGCCACGCACAACGAGGUGGAGCGGCGACGUCGCGACAAGAUCAAUUGCUGGAUCUUCAAGCUGAAGGAGAUGCUGCCCGCCGAGGGCAGCCGCUACAGGCCACCACCCCCCAGCAGUGGGCAAAUGGAGUCGGUGAGCAUCAGUCUGAGUUCGAGCACCAGCGAGGCCAGCACCAGUCCCGGCCUCAGAAUCAACCCGAGCGCCAAUGGACGGACGCCGCCCAACGACUCCAAGUCGCAGAUAUUGAUCAAGGCCUGUGAGUACAUCAAGAGCAUGCAGGGCGAGAUAGACAACUUGCGCGAGGGCCUGCGUGAGGCGGACAAGCUGCGUGUGACCAAUAAGACGCUGCGGGAUGAGCUAAACAGCUUGAAGCGUCAGCAGGAGCUGCAGGAGCGCUUCCACACCAGCACCGGCGGUGGAUCGUUUAAUGUGACGCUCAAUUCGUUGAAUAGCUCUGCUACCAGUGACCUGUUCGAUGGCAUAGAUGGGCCACACCAAGGCGUCGGCAUGGGCAUGGGCAUGGGGAUGGGUAUGGGGGCCUUUGGCAAACGCGGUCUCAUGAUAGCCGACUUCGAUGAAUAGGGUAAUAGGUAUAGGAGGGGUUUGGCGCUAGCGCUGGCGCUGGGUAAAACGCCCCCCGCCGCCGCCCACCCUCUACCACACCAGCCUCAAGCAUCCUCCAAAGAACGACGUACCACGUACAAUAAAUUUGGAAAGACAAGGGAUUUCCUGUUAUCGCUGUUAAAACAUUACAUAUUUAUAUAGAACAAAAACUCUACUAUUAAUUAAUUAAUUAAUUUUAAACUUAUUUUUUUUUUGAGAGCACGGAUCCUCAUAACAUUUUUUUGCCAUAUCCUUCCUCUGUUGAUUGAAGGUUAAUCGUAUCUCAUGCCAUACAUCCCUCAACAUAUACAUAUGUAGUACUCAUAAUAUUACGAAGCCUACGAUACCUACUUAAACCUUUUGUCUUAAGCAUCCAUUUAUGCCAUUUUCCCUUUUACAAAGAACUACAACAAAAUGAAACAUUAUUAUAUAUACCCAUACGCCCCACACCCCACUCCAUAUACUUGGAUUUAUCCAUCCCAUAUACAUAUAUGUAUACUAUCAUAUGUAUAUCCUAUAAAGUUAACGAUACCUACCUACUACUUAUACCUUUUGACUAAAGCAUACUACAUACAAACAUUCAUACGACAUACAUACACAUACACAUAUGUAUUUG